UCUGCUGCGUGCGGUCUGUCGGAUCGGUUCUCUAAAAUCUCUCUUUCUGACACUUUCACUCUCUCUCUCUCUCUAGGUCUAUGCAUAGUCGGUUUGAUCUUCUCUCCUUGAUCUCGUCUCUCGGGUCCUUUCCAUUGAUCUUCUUCUCCCGGAGACGAGAUCACCUCUUGCUUUCGCCGAUCUCUGUUCGAAAAUCUAGCUUUAGAUCGCGGCUUAGUAGUAUUGCGUCGACUUCGAUCUGAACCAAAACCCCCCUUUCCGAUUCCCCCCUCUCCACGAUCUGGGUCUGGUCGAUAUUUUCUGAGUGACGAGCGAAAAUGCUACAACCCAGCGAGAAAGUCUCGGAUUCUGAAGCCAUGAAGAGGAAGCACUCAGCUCUUGAUUCAAACGAAGAGAACAAGAGCAGCAGCUGUAUCAGCAAUGGAAGUGCCAUCAACGAGACGAAGAAGACUUGCGCCGAUUGCGGCACCAGCAAAACCCCUCUCUGGCGAGGCGGUCCCGCCGGCCCGAAGUCUUUGUGUAACGCUUGCGGGAUCAGGAGCAGGAAGAAGAGACGGGCGGUGAUCGCCGCAGCCGCAGCCUGCGGAUCGGAGGAUAAGAAGCCGAGAAAGGGUGGUUCCGGUGGGAAUCACAACAGAAACCCUAAGAUUGGUGAUUCGUUGAAGCAGAGGUUGAUGGAGUUGGGAAGAGAAGUGAUGAUGCAGAGAUCGACGGUGGAGAAGCAGCGGCGGAAGCUUGGGGAGGAAGAGCAAGCCGCCGUACUCCUGAUGGCCCUCUCCUACGGCUCUGUUUACGCUUAGGUUAUUGGAUCCGCCAUUGGAGGAAGACGACGGCGAUGGUUAAUAAGAGGAAAUUAGGGUUUUUUUCUUCUGGGAAGUAAUAGCUAACAAAUUAAGAAUCUGUAAUUUUUUCCUUUUACGUUGGAAUUUGUUCGUUUGUGCGUUCUUCGAUUAACCCUUUUUUUUUCGGUCUCUAUUCUGUGAGUUGGAGAUUAAUAGUUUUGGAAUUGUAAGGAAAUGAAUGAAGAAGAACAUGAAUGAUGAUGUUCGUAUUAUUUUGUUUUUA